CUUUCCCUUUCAAGCUAUGCUAAGAUUCAGUGGAAGAAGUGGAAGUAGGUGUCUGGCUUCAUUCACUGGAGUGUGUAUUGCGGGUGGUGCUGCACAUACGGAGCAAGUAAUUCCAUGGUGCAUGAUGCACACUGCUAACCUGUUGUUUUUUCUUGUAGCUUCCUGCCAAAGUCAUCUGGGUGGUGGCUGGUCUGUGCCAUUGGAGAACUUUGAGGGUGUAUGUGGGAAACUGCUUUCUUUGUGUCUGGUGUCACUGUGCGAGAACCAAAAACAAAGGGAGGAAAAGGUCAGGAUAAACAAGUUUCUUGAAGACAGCAAGUGUGUUCUGGAGCCAGCUGUGCAAGGGGUUCGGUAUCCUUCUGACUGUACUGAGCUGAUUAGCAGUGGUAUAGAAGCUUGCAAAAUGCUAGGAGCUGCAGGUAUGUCUGGAUAAGCAACGUCUUGUUUUUUGUUUUACCACCCAUAUGUAUGUGCUUGUUCCGUCAAUAUGCAACCUGCUUCAAUAGUGGAAUAUAUUUAAUAUGGACUCUGCUAGUUGUGGUUGGAAUUGGAUCUGUUUACUUUCAUGCCACCCUCAGUUUCUUGGGCCAGAUGCUGGAUGAGCUGGCUAUUCUCUGGGUCCUGAUGUGUGCUCUUGCCAUGUGGUUCCCUAGGAGAUACCUGCCCCGAAUUUUUCGGAAUGACAGGAGCCGAUUUAAAGCUGCUGUGGGUGUCCUGUCUGGAGUUACUACCUGCCUCGCCUUCAUUAAGCCUGCCAUCAACAACAUCUCACUAAUGACUCUGGGUGUUCCCUGCACAGCUUUGCUCAUCGCUGAGUUGAAGAGGUGUGAAAACCUGCGUGUGUACAAGCUGGGUCUCUUUUCAGGUCUUUGGUGGAUGCUAGCACUUUUCUGCUGGAUCAGUGACAAAGCGUUUUGUGAGAUCUGGUCCUCAUUUAACUUCCCCUAUUUGCACUGUGUAUGGCACAUUUUGAUUUGCCUUGCGGCAUACCUGGGCUGUGUCUGCUUUGCUUACUUUGAUGCUGCAUCUGAGAUUCCUGAGCAAGGCCCUGUCAUAAAGUUCUGGCCCAGUGAGAGAUGGGCAUUCAUUGGGGUUCCCUACGUCACACUCCUCUGUGCACACAAGAAAUCACCUGUGAAGAUCACAUGAAGCUGGCCAUGGAAUGGGGAUGGAACUUCAAUUUACAUUUCAGCACGGGCAGUAUUUAAAUAAUGAUAAAUGAACAUGGUUGUAUUUUAUCUUUUUCCUAAGAUAUGCAGCACUUAGGGUGUCAUAGAAAGAGAAAGGAAGUAUGUUUUUUCUUCUCUCUGGAGAGGAGAGAGAAAGCAGGAAGAUGGAGUCUCUUGAACACUAAGGUAACCACUAGCUUCUCUAGUUGGCUCUGUUGUGCACUAUGUUUUCAAUGUAGCAUUUCGCUUGAUAAAAGCUCUUUCCAAAUGCCAGUGUCAAGGAAUGAUGGUUCUGCAGUAGGUCAUCUCUGGUGUUUGAUUCAAUUCUCUUGUAAUUUCUGGCUUAAGGCUUUUGCAACAGAAGCCAGUCCAAGAUGCCUACAUGCCAUUCUAUGUCCUUCUCAGCUCCGAUGUUGAUGUGGCUGCACAUGACCACAAGAGCGUGCUCGAAGUACAUGCUCCUCCCAGCCUGGCGUGUAAUACAGGGAGUCUGGCUGUGCAUCACAUUGGAUCAUGGGGUAUGUGGUUGCUUCCACAGGUACAACUGGAGACCAGUGCAAAGGGAUUGCAAGUGGGUAGCUGGAUCAGUGCAGUUAGCAUAAAUGUGGGAAUAGCUGAUAGAAGAUUCAGUCCCUAAAACUAAAUAGGAGUUCAAAGGGUGUGAAUUUUUCUGUAUUUCCACUGACCUGUGGACAUUUGUGUGCUGCAUAUUUCCCUCUUACAGAAAUGUCAUAGAAAUCUCUUUCUACCUCUGUAGAUGUGUUUGAUCUUAAAUUUGGUGUUGUAGCUCACACAGAAGUGCAGACAUUAACUUGAGUAAGACCUCAGGCCAGCAUGGAUUGACAGUGUGAUUAAACUGUAGAAACUUGUAUUGGCCUAGCUGUACAUGUAAUUUGAGCGUUACUUUCUCACCCAGUGCAUUGCAAAGUGACGUGAACAAUAGUCCAGUGCUCUGCUAUACUUAGAAGAAAUAUUAUAACCACUUAAAAACCAAGCUGAAGACAGUGAGCAAUGAAAUGUGACUAUGAGUCUUGCUUUUGUACAAAAGAACAGUAGAUUCACAUUUUCUGUUUGUUUUCAGGCUGUUCUGUAAAGAUAAGGGAUGUCUACAUCCAUUUAGUGAUGGUUGUGCUUUGGGGCUGAGGUUCAGGUAUGUCUAUGGUUCUUGCAAGCAAUUUAUGCUAGCUGGGUCUGUU